AUGAUCAAGGCUGGUCGUCUUGACCGCAAAUACAGUGGCAUCGUCGAGUGCUUCAGCCGUACCGCCAAGAACGAAGGUGUCAUGUCCCUGUGGAGAGGUAACACUGCCAAUGUUAUCCGAUACUUCCCUACCCAGGCCCUGAACUUCGCUUUCCGCGACACCUACAAGUCGAUGUUUGCUUUCAAGAAGGAGCGUGAUGGUUACUGGAAGUGGAUGGCCGGUAACUUGGCCUCCGGUGGUCUUGCUGGUGCCACUUCUCUUCUUUUCGUCUACUCUCUCGACUACGCUCGUACUCGUCUUGCCAACGAUGCCAAGUCCGCUGGUAAGGGUGGUGAGCGUCAAUUCAACGGUCUGGUCGAUGUCUACCGCAAGACUUUGGCCUCUGAUGGUAUUGCUGGUCUGUACCGUGGUUUCGGUCCUUCGGUUCUCGGUAUAGUGGUUUACCGUGGUCUCUACUUCGGCCUGUACGACUCCAUCAAGCCUGUUCUCCUGGUCGGUCCUCUUGAGGGCAACUUCUUGGCUUCCUUCUUGCUCGGCUGGGGUGUCACCACUGGUGCCGGUAUCGCUUCCUACCCUCUUGAUACCAUCCGUCGUCGUAUGAUGAUGACAUCUGGCGAGGCUGUCAAGUACAAGAGCUCCUUCGAUGCUGCCCGACAGAUCUUUGCUGCUGAGGGUAUCCGAUCAUUCUUCAAGGGCGCUGGUGCCAACAUCCUCCGUGGUGUUGCCGGUGCCGGUGUGCUCUCCAUCUAUGACCAGGUUCAACUUCUCUUGUUCGGCAAGGCCUUCAAGGGUGGAUCCGGCUAA